ACUCCCCUCCUCUCAUAACAUUUUACCUCAACAAUCGCAGCGAUAACUCUCUCUUUCCGUUUGCCUCUCGGAGAUGGCGACGGGGAGAGACGAAAUGGAAGAAGGAUUGAUCGUCAAAGAGACAGUUGACGGAAUAACAUGGCGGAUGUUGGCGGACGAGAUGAAGAAGUUAGGAUUUAUAGCAGGUCCGAUGGUUGCGGUGACUCUGUCGCAGUACUUGUUGCAGGUUAUCACCGUCAUGAUGGUUGGUCAUCUCGGCGAACUUUCUCUUUCUAGUACUUCCAUUGCUAUCUCCCUCUCCAGCGUCACCGGAUUCAGCUUAAUCUUAGGUAUGUCUAGUGCUUUGGAAACUUUAUGUGGACAAGCAUUCGGAGCUCAACAAUACAAAAAAAUCGGAACCCUAACUUACACUGCCAUUUUCUCUCUAAUAAUCGUAUGCAUUCCUCUUUCCAUCUUCUGGAAAUACACCGGAAAUUUACUCCUUUUUAUUGGUCAAAGCCCUUCAAUCUCACAAGAAGCUGGAAAAUUCAUCACAUGGCUUAUUCCCGCACUAUUUGCUUCAGCAAUUCUUCAACCACUUGUUAGAUUUUUCCAAAUGCAAAGCAUGCUGUUUCCCAUGCUUAUUAGUUCAAUACUUGCUUUAUGCCUUCACAUCCCUCUUUGUUGGACCCUUGUGUAUAAAACCGGAUUAGGGAACAUUGGAGGUGCAGUAUCCAUGGGUGUUUCCAUGUGGUUAAAUGCUAUUUUCCUUGUGUUUUACAUGAUUUACUCCCCUUCAUGUGCAAAAACACGUUCUCCAAUCUCCUGGGAAGUCUUUCAUGGGAUUAGACAGUUUUUCGGUUUUGCUAUCCCAUCAGCUGUCAUGAUUUGCUUGGAAUGGUGGUCAUAUGAGUUUCUGAUUUUAUUGUCUGGGCUUUUGCCAAAUCCAGAGCUUGAGACUUCGGUUCUUUCUGUUUGUCUCAAUACUAUUGCUACACUGUAUGCUAUACCAUAUGGAUUUGCUGCAGGCGUUAGCACAAGAGUGUCAAAUGAACUGGGAGCAGGGAAUCCAAAAGGGGCCCGCGUGGCAGUGAAAGCGAUCAUGGCCCUUGCAGUUGUUGAAACAACAAUAGUCAGCUCAACUGUUUUUGCCAGCAGAAAUGUCUUCGGAUACAUUUUCACUAACGAAAAAGAAGUCGUCGACUAUGUUACAAAAAUGGCCCCUCUUCUUUGCUUAAACAUCAUAAUGGAUAGUCUACAAGGAACACUUUCAGGUGUUGCUAGGGGUGUGGGGUGGCAGCAUCUAGGGGCGUACGUGAAUCUUGCAGCUUUUUAUCUUUUUGGGAUCCCGGUUGCUGCUUUGUUGGGAUUUUGCACCUCCUUAAGAGGAGAAGGGCUGUGGAUUGGAAUACUAGUGGGGGCCACCAUACAAGUUACUCUUCUUGCGGUAGUAACAAUUUGUACAAAUUAUGAAAAACAGGCAAUCAAGGCGAGGGAGAGAUUUAUCGAGGAAGAAAAUAGAUUAGGUUGAUUUACGGUUAAGGUUACUUUGGUUAGAAUGUUCGGUAUAAUUUUGAUUUUUGUUGUAACAUACAACACUUCGUAUGUGUAGUUUAAAGGGUUUUGAUGUUUGUCUUUUAUUACUA